GUGGAUGUGUCACUAUCUCCAACAGCGAGUUUGACGGCCAAACAAGCUGAUCUGCCUCCUGCGAUGGCCACCAUUACUGGAAUGUGUAUAUUUCCCAGGCUGGAUUUUGUUACGGUAAAAACGACAAUGACAUUUACCGGAGAAUACAUCCACCACACCUCCCGCCGCUCCCCCAAGUUAGAGUUCAACAGCUACUGGCACGUCAACAACACUGGUCACCCUUUUGACGUCGGUGAAGGGACCGACGCUCUAAUCGCGGGCCGCGUCUUCCAACAGGUCAAGACUCCGUUCUUGGAUGAUAGCUCCCCUGGCAAGACCUUCGCUGUUAGCUCCAGUGACAAGUCUACAUGCGACUCUAAGCUCGGCCGUACUUGUGCGGUUAAUACUCUGACUUCCUCGGGUACUCUAUCCGCCAGUAACGGUCCGUGCUAUCUAGCUGGCCGAGCGGCGAGUCUGGCAUUGACGUUCUGGAUACUGUUCCGCCAGUUUGAUGGUGCUCGGUCAUGGGGCACUGUUCUCUCCUCUGCGGGCCCUGGAGCCACUCCCUGUCCGACUCCUAGUGGCCUUGCUCGCAAGUGGGCCUGGAAAACUAUUGGACUCAAGCCUUCUCCUCAGCCUAGUGGCCCUCCCCCUCUUCCUAAGGAAAGCCACGGUGCCGGUAUCCGCGACUUCCACUUUAGCUUCUUCUAG